AUGUCAGGUUUUGCUUCUGGACCACUUGCCUCAGUAGACGAGGAAGGCAUGGCUCCUGGUUACUUAGCAACUGUGCAUGCUCUGAAGAAUCCCUCACCUAAGAUAGUCUAUGAUGAGUACAACCAUGAGCGCCUGCCACCUGGUGACCCUAGCAAACGAGCUUUCGCUUACUUUGUCCUCUCUGGCGGCCGAUUUGUUUAUGCUUCCCUCAUCCGUCUCCUCGUCCUGAAAUUCGUCCUCAGUAUGUCAGCCAGUAAGGAUGUUCUGGCCCUUGCCUCUCUGGAAGUUGACCUCUCAAGCAUCGAACCGGGGACUACUGUGACUGUGAAGUGGCGUGGGAAGCCAGUUUUCAUCAGGAGGCGAACGGAAGAUGAUAUCAAAUUGGCAAACAGUGUCGAGCUGGCAUCUCUCCGAGACCCACAGCCGGACGAGGCCAGGGUGAAGAACCCAGAAUGGCUGAUUGUUAUUGGGGUGUGCACGCAUUUGGGCUGCAUCCCUUUGCCUAAUGCUGGUGAUUUUGGGGGAUGGUUUUGCCCGUGCCAUGGAUCUCACUACGACAUCUCUGGUAGGAUUCGUAAGGGCCCAGCACCUUACAACUUGGAGGUGCCUACCUAUUCCUUUUUGGAAGACAAUAAGUUGCUGAUUGGCUGA